AUGAAGGGUAAGUGUUUUGACAAUUUGUCCACUUUCCAUCAGAGAAGCAUCACUCUAAUAGGAGCCUUUGUUUUUACAGGACCGAUCUUUCUGGUUCUGGUGCUUGCUGCCAAACUUGCUUACUGCUCUUCAGUCACAGCAGGUCAAAGUCUUUUCUUAUUUAUCCAGCUUUCUGGAUUAUGGAAAAGUUUAUGUGUGAUCCUCUGUUUUACUAUGUACUUGAUGUUUCAGACGGAAAUAGCUCCCUGCACCUGUUUUUCUGUGAGCCUAAAGGAUGUGCAGCAAAUGUAACAUCGGUAUAUUGUGGGAAUAUAGAGCUCCUGAAUGGGACUAACAUCCCAGACUGCUCAGGCCAUCCACCAUUACUAAAUACAGUCUGCCAACGUGAUGGACGAGCAUUUGUUCAAACUGAAGCAGGCAUCAAGUGUGACUUUGAGGCAAAGGGACAUUUCAUUAAGACAGUAAAAUGUGAAGGUAUUUCAUUUUUCUUUUUAAUUCAUCUCUACUUCCUUUUUAUUUCUCAUGUUCUUUUGCUCUCUUCUCUAUCUUUGACUUCCUAAAGUCUUACAUAUUUAUUUCCUUAAUUUAACCUUCUUAAAGAGACAUAGCAAUAAAAAAGGUAUUUUGUAUCAGAUGUCUAACAACUAAUACCAUUCGCUUACAAAGCAACAAUUUAUUGAGCUCUUUAAGACUUUUGAACACCAGGGACCACCACAGAGUGUUGGUUUUAGUUUACAUGCUUUUAAAUGGUUCCAGCUAUUCUUUCUGUGUUUUUAACUAUAACCAAGUGUCCAUUUAAGAUCCAGUGGCUUUUUCAUGGUAAUAUUGCUCCUCUUUUAUGAUAUAACCAUCCCCAUCUAAAUGCAGAUGAUGAAGUUUUCUAUUGUAUUGCAGACUCUGAUUAAGCUGUUGACAGUGUUCUCUGAAUGUUUUACUCUGGAUGAUUUUAAAAUUGGUCUUAAACACUCAUAAAAGUAGAUUUAUGUUGCUUUUUAGAGUAAGGGACAUUGGUUUCUAAAACUUUGUAUUUCUGCAAUGCAAGGAAACAUUAUUGAGAGACUUAAAGAGUAUAGCUAUCUUAACAUAUGGAUAGAUAAGAAACUCUCAUCUAAAUAUAACAUUGACAAUUUAACCAACAGGUUAAGUUUUUUUUUUUUUAUGUCGAUACAAAACCAACUUUCCAAUGGCAGGUAAACUGCUAAUUUACAUCACAUCUCUAGUUUGGUUAUCUGGACUGUAUCUGACACUGUACAAUGACUAUAUUUUACUAAAAGUUUCCUGUGUUUGCACUGAGCUUUGGAGCAGCUUUUAGAUUUUGGUUACCAUUCAUCUGAAAUUCUCUGCAAAGCACUUAAAAAUGGAGGCUUUAGUACCUCUCUGUGUUUUCAAAAUUUUGAUCAAAAACAGGCUGGCGCUAUUUGUUCUUUUCUCAGCUGUUUUUUCCCUUGAUAUAGUGUAUUUUCUGACCUGUUUUUCAUUGCUUUUGUAUACUGCCUAACAUCAUUUUAAAUGAGGGUCAGUCUAACAAUAACACCUCUUUGAUUUUUCUAACCAGAUAGCAACACCGCCUGCACAUUUGAUCCAGGUAAGCUUACCUGUAGAUAUAUGAAUUACAUCAUACUGCUUAUUGUUUUGGCUGAUCUUUGACUCAAGUGUUUUUUAUCUCCGCUGACCCUCACAUCAUCAGAAGCCACUCUGAAGGAGGAAAAAAAGGAGGAAAAAAAGGAGGAAGAAAAGGAGGAAAAAAGGGAGGAAAAAAAGGAGGAAGAAAAGGAGGGAAAAAAGGAGGAAAAUAAUGCUGGACAUAUUGCUGGAAUUUGUAGGUUAUGAACAUCAGAAAGUCUUUUUUUCUUUGUACUUUGCUUGCUUAAGCCUUAUAUUCUCUGCUUGGGGUCACUUAACAAUCAACAGAAGCGGUGGUGAAUCUGUCUGUCACGUAAUCUGUGUCUGCUGUGAUUUCUAAUUUGUUAAAUGAGAUAAACAACUAAUUAUUUCUAGCUAACUACUAAUCUGACUCGCUUUUACUCUCCUGUUUUCUUGCCUUUACUCAAGAUUAA